AUGCUCAGCACACAGGCACCUUUCUUCUUCCCCACGGCCCCCUUCAUCCUCUUUGUCUUCACGGCUUCCACGGUAUUUCACCUUCAGCAGAGGCUAGCGAAGAUUCAGCCCACAUGGGAGUUACAGGCGCUGGAGCCAUCAACCAAGGACUCUCCCUCGAGCCCCCAGCGGAGCCCCCAGCCGAAGGGCAUCUGGACAAUCAAUGCCAUAGGCCGCCUGGGGAACCAGAUGGGGCAGUAUGCCACGCUGUACGCCCUGGCCAAGAUGAACGGGCGGCCGGCCUUCAUCCCGCCCCAGAUGCACAGCACGCUGGCCCCCAUCUUCAGAAUCACCCUCCCCGUCCUGCACGACAGCACGGCCAGCAGGAUCCCCUGGCGGAACUACCCCCUGAACGACUGGAUGGAGGAGCGGUACCGACACAUCCCGGGCGAGUACGUGCGCCUCACUGGCUACCCCUGCUCUUGGACCUUCUACCACCACCUCCGCGCUGAGAUCCUCCAGGAGUUCACCCUGCACGACCACGUGCGUGAGGAGGCCCAGAAUUUUCUGCGGGGUCUGCAGGUGAAUGGGAGCCGGCCGAGCACCUACGUAGGGGUCCACGUGCGCCGGGGGGACUACGUCCACGUUAUGCCCAACGUGUGGAAGGGCGUGGUGGCCGACCGGGGCUACCUGCAGCAGGCCCUGGACUGGUUCCGGGCUCGCUACCCCUCCCCCAUCUUCGUGGUCACCAGCAACGGCAUGGCCUGGUGCCGGGAAAACAUUGAGUCCUCCCGCGGGGAUGUGGUCUUUGCCGGCAACGGCAUUGAGGGCUCACCCGCCAAGGAUUUUGCAUUGCUCACGCAAUGUAAUCACACCAUCAUGACCAUUGGAACGUUUGGGAUCUGGGCCUCCUACCUCACAGGUGGAGAGACCAUCUACCUGGCCAAUUAUACCCUCCCAGACUCUCCCUUCCUCAAACUCUUUAAGCCAGAGGCAGCCUUCCUGCCAGAGUGGACUGGGAUCGCGGCAGACCUGUCCCCACUCCUCAAGCACUGA